AUGUGUGAAAACAAUCUCUACCAUGAUAUCGAUGAUACUUUAGGCGAAUUAAAUGCAGAUAUACUAGCACUCUAGCUAAUUAAUGAGCCUAAUUCAGAUAUUGAGAUUCAAGAAUAAUUAUAGAAAUCUCAUACUUCAAUUCAAAUAGUAGAUGCUAAAUAAAUUAUGGGUCUUUACAUUUCUAGACAUAAAAAUUAUCACGAAGAUAGUGUGGAGUACUACAAAGGAAUAGGAGAGUCAAAGAUCUAUAAAUGUGCUUCAAAGACUUUUCAGAAUAGCUGCAAAUACAGCUUCAAUGGAUUCUUGAAGCAUAUUGAGUUACUAAUAAGAAUCGAUACAAAUGCAAAACUAGAUAUCAUAAAACUGGAUAAAUCUAGAACUAUUAAAGAUUAGCAAGCGAUUGAAACUCAUUAUGUAAAAUUUGAAAGUAAAAUUCAUAUUGAGAACUUUGAUGAGGAAUAUUUUUUGUUUGAUGAAUUAGAUAAAGAUAUAGAAUUUGUCGGACAUUGGAUGAUAACUGACAUUGAUAAUCAUCUAUUGGGAAAUCCUCAUUAAUAUUUGUAAUUAUGA